AUGCCCAGAUCAACUAGGCUCAGUCAACUAGGCUCUGGUAAACUAGGCCCAGGUCAACUAGGCUCAGUGGUCAUGGAUUCUAAGACGAACCCAAAUUUACCAAGUUUCUUAAACCUGUCGCCACAUAAUCAGGACACUGACAAGAAGAGGAAACAAACCGAGGUUAAAGGUUUCGACUUUGUGGUCGGCGACAAAGAGCUCAAGAGGAAGAAGGAAGAAGAACAGAUUCAGCUUCUUGGUGAGAAGAAGAAGAAUAAGAAACCAAACAAAGAUCGACACCGUAAGGUUGAAGGAAGAAUUCGAAGAGUUAGGUUGCCUGUACUCUGCGCUGCGAGGAUUUAUCAGUUGACUAAAGAGUUAGGUCACAAGACGGACGGAGAGACUCUUGAAUGGUUGCUUCAACAAGCUGAGCCUUGGAUAAUCUCUGCUACUGGAAAUGGAAUCAGACCCGUUGGAGCCACCACCACCACUGAGUCUGUUGUUGUUUCUCGACCUCUUAUCACGGCGGAUUUGAUGGGGUGUUAUCAUAACACAGAAGGAGAAGCUUCGAGGUCUCAAAUGGCGGCAAAUGGGUUGUGGAGAAAUGAAACAGGGCAAAACACCACUGGAGGGUUUGAUUUGAAUUAUGGAUUUGGGUUUGAUUUUAAUGGUGUUUCAGAGAUGGGGUUUGGAAACAAUCAAAUGCCUGAACUUGAAUUAGGAUUGUCUCAAGAUGGGAAUGUUGGGGUUUUGAAUCCACAGGUUCAUCAGCAAAUGGGUCAAGGACAGUCUUAGGGUUUAUCGUGAAGAUGAGCAACAGA